AUGCAUCGAUGUUUCUCCAUCUCUAAUUACGCGGCGCGUCUUUUGUUCUUCUUGUCAUUGUUUUGUUUUAAAAAUGUCUUCGUUUCUCGAUUUAUUGGGCGACGGGGGACAUGUACACUUUGAAAAAUGUGGAGACGUUGUUGUUUCGCCCAAGGACAACAUGGUGGCCAUGUUCUGCCAUUUCUGCAGGGACAUUUUCACACAUCUGCCGGAGUUCAUGAGACACCUACAGUGGUCUCACAGCGAUGUAUUGACAUUCACAAAGGAGCAGAAUGUAUACAGAGUCGAGGAGCUGAUGUCCUUGGAGAGCUCAGAGGAAGAUACGCAGUCGCAGGCAAACAGCUGCAGCAGCGGCGACUCUGGAUUGGCAGGCGAAAUGGAAGAUGCAGAUGCUGGACCAGGAUCAUCCGAGUGCCUGGCAAAUAACGUGGACAUAAUGAACGCCUUGGCAGCCUUCGAUGUAGAGGUCGAUGGGCUCAAUGCCAACCACGAAUGGUUUGAAUCGAAAACCCUUGCGGAUUGUCAAACAAAAGAAAUUGGGAAAAUAUGUGCCGCAAGAAAUAUUCUGGCAGAAGUGGAAGCCAUUUUGCUUGAGAAUGAGAAAGACAUUUCUCCCAGCGUGAUAAACAAGCCCGGAUAUCAAACAGUCAAGGCAGCGGAAAGCAAUAUCCCAGCAGUACCAAUCAUAGCAGAAACACCCAUCAAGAAAACGUACUGCAAAGUAAACUACACCGAAAAUGAGAUAGAGGCCCACAUCUCGAAAGGUUUCCGUCGUGUCCGCAAGCCGGAAAGUGUGGAUAAACCGCCGAGCAUCUGUGACCUGAAGAGCUACAACAUAAUCCGACACCGCAAACGGGAGGCGAUCAAACAGCGCUUGGGCAGCGUAAAAAAGCGUAUCAUGCUUUCCCUAGAAAACGAUGUGCCAAGAAAGACUGUCCUCAUGAACCAAAAGGCCAGGUGUCCGCCUGUUAAGGGCUCCAGCGUUAAGCAGGAGUUGCCAUCAUUCAAAAAGGAGUCCAAAGACUCGGUUGUGGCUGAAGCUACAAAAUUGUCGCUUGACAAAUUAGAGUCCAAAGAAAACCGCUCUGUGUUAACUCAUGUGAUCCAGUCCAGUGAGAUAAAGUCAGCGUCUAUGAACCAUUUGAUAAAGCCAAAAACUUCAUCUAUUACCAGUUUAUUAAGGACAGCAUUAACCUUUCCCAAACCCAACUCUUCUCCUUCAAACAAGGCAAAACAAGUCCUGUCCAAUUUGACAAAUCCAAAUAGUACGGCAAAUGGUAGUACCCCCUUGAUAAAACCAUCAAUUCCUGCAAGUCAGCGUGAGCCAUUAGCUAAAAACGAGCCAAAGACUUACAUGAGAAGCCCUAAACUCAACAAGCCGCAAUCGAAAGUCAAUGAACUCUGCUCGAACUCUCUUAGCCCUAUCAUUUCUAGCUCACCAAAACAAUCAAAAAUGUCUGCUCUAUUGAAGGGCAGUUCAGUUAAUGAACCACCAGCUUGCCUGGAAGCUCCAAAGCCUUUAACGUUUGAUUCGGCUACUCCAAAAAAAAAGCUUUACGUGCCGUCGAUAAAAUCGAUCAAUAAGCCAAUUCUUCCACGCCCCAGCACGCCAACAGUUAAGACAGAUCCAAACAUCUGCAAGGCGCCCGUAUGUAGAAGAUCGCCAAACGUAAGGAUAGAGCGCGUGAAGAUUCUGCCAAAGAUUAAUGUAAAUCAGAUUGUGGAAAUGUCACAGUUGAAGACCACAAAUAACGAUGCAGUGGAUCAGCCCAAGCGUCCAGUGCGCAGAUCUUCGCUAACGGUCGUAUCCAGUAGCCCCAUUCAGGCUCAGAAACCUACGCGAAGAUCUUCUACGACAACAGUUAAGCCCACUGUAAACACACAGCUUCUACGUUCGGCACCAGUUGAAAGUCUUGCAAAAGCCAAGAAACGUUCAAAUGACAGCUUUGGCGUUUCUACUUGCUCCACUGAGAAUAACGGCGAUGUAAAACGGACCAAAAUAGAACAAGAAAUAUGCUCCAUGAACUUCAGCUUGUCGGCGAGCGUUAUAGACUAUCUUCAGAGUGAUUUGAAUACCUCAAAAUUGGAUGCCGACAGCCUCCUUCAGUUGGCUGAGCCCCGUGAAAGCGAUGCCUUUGAGAACAUACUCGUGAAAGACCAAGUUAAAAGGGCGACAAAGGAGGGAAGCCCCCAAAAGAUGGAGUCACCUGCACCACAAACUGGUGCCAAGCCUGAAAUUGAGGCUCUGAGAGAGGACCUCAAGCUGUUGGAGACUGUUGGGUUGCUUAUAAUAAAAGUGCCCUGCUUUGAGGAUAAACUGCCCUUGGAGCAGUCGGAAGAGUUUCGUAAAAAAGCCGCCAAUUUUAGCAAAAUCUAUCAUACGUACGAUACAAUCUGGAGCUACAGGAAAACAAAGACCAUUGGAGCACCCCAACGCCUAAUCCAGAUGUUAAACUCAUUCACCGAAGAGGUAAACAAGGAGAUUGGCUGUCACUUGACCACUAACGAGAUGAAACGCAUUCUCAACCUUAUCAACUCGUGGUAUGGAGAGCAGAUCAAUCAGAGAUUCUUCAGGAAGGCAAUCCUUUCAUACAGCGUGGAACACUACAUGUUGCUGUUUCAGUUUCUGCCAAAGAUUAUUCCAUCUGUGUACUUCUGCGAGCACUGUGAGGAGACCUUCCCCAACGAACCACGCUACAAGAAACAUGUGCAGAGUCUACAUGCUGUCCACGCGUUCACUUGCUCCGAGUGUGGUAAAUUCUUCAAGAGGCUCUACUUCUACGAGAAACACCUCAAAACAGUACAUCCUAAGCCAUAAAUUAGUUCGUUUUUGUUGUUUGCAAUUGUUGAACCCUUUUUGUAGCACACUCUAUACAAUCAAGUGAAAUUGUAGAGCGAGUGUGAGGCAAAUUGUACCUAUAUGAUUCUGUUCAAAAAGGCUUUCAUGAGACUGCUUCCACUCUCAAUUUGCGGGGAGAGUGGUCAGAGCAGGUCAAGUUCAUGAACCUUUAUCAAUUCACCUUCUAUUAAUCAUGUUAAACCCUAACUUAGAUCCACUCUAUUCAUUUUCUAGCAGUAAUUCUAAGUAUCAGGCCAUUUAAUUUCAUAUUUCCAUGAUAAAAAUAUAGUAAACACUUCCACUAUAUUUCGUACUCGUAGCACCAUUAUCAAGUGGAACAAUGAAUCGAAUUGAAAAGAUGGAAAACAUCUGCUCUGGAUGCUGGGAUGCUAGGCUCUUAUCGCUACGCUCUUCUUGUUUUCAGGCCUUAAGUGACCCGACCGACCAGAGAUGAUUAUGAAACCUUCUCUACUUACAAUUAUAUGUUUUCCCGGGUACAUAUCCAUUGGGUCCAUCAGCCACAAUUAGUUUGUAUCCAUUGUCGCCGCGUGUGCGUCGACCAUGAAGCAAGUGGGUGGGCGCACGCGGACAGGCGGAGGCUGCAUUAAUUGUCUGCCAGACAAAAACGAGGCAGGCAAGCAACAGCAGCAGCGAUUGCCCCAUCAUCUCAGAUUUUUCUUUGUUUCACGCGUUAUCGUUUGACGGCUGGACUACUGCAAAGGCAAACAAGCGGACCGCUUCAGGCAAGGCACAACAACAGACUAACAAAGCCGGAGAACCGAGCGAUCUUCAAGUCGGACGGCAACCCAAAGCCGGAUGUCACCGCAGCGAUCUCGCGCUCGCAUUCUGAUUAAUAGUGUAGGGUGAGGGUUUCAGCAAAUUUGCUCCUUCACUGGAAGAGUAGAAUGAUCCCUACGUUCGUU